UUCACAGCUCUUGGAAGUGGUUUCCCCCUGAAGUUCAGAACUGCUGAUAUGACAUUGCAUUGAAGUCGCUUUGCCUGUCUCAAAGAAUUGUUGCCUGCAGGAGCCGAGAUGGUGAGCUGUUACCUGUCACUGUUUCUGGUCUCUGCAUUGGUGCUCUGCUCUCAAGGACAAGGGAAACGAUUGCUCAAUGAGGUCCAGAACAAGCCGCCUCAGGAUACCCGGUGUAGUCUCUUCGGGCAUGACCGUAUCCAAACCUUUGAUGGGAAGUUUUACGAGUUUCCAGGGCACUGCAGUUACAAGCUGGCUGGCGACUGCAUCAAAAACUCCUUCUCACUUUUAGGUAACUACCAGAAUGGAAAACGGACAAGCAUUACUCUGUACCUGGGCGAAUACUUUGAGGUCACUGUCACUUUAAAAGGAGAAGUGUCAGUAGGGAAGAAAAGGAUCCAACUCCCAUUUACAACCUACGGUGUGUACAUUGGGACAGAAGCAGGCUACUAUAUCAUAUCAAGCGGUGAACAUGGGUUCACCAUCAGGAUUGAUACCAGUGAAAAUGUAGCCAUCACGUUGUCUAAAAAACAUUUCAGCAGGACAUGCGGACUCUGUGGCAAUUACAAUGACAUCCCCCAAGACGAUUACUUGACUCAAGAAGGUUUCCAGGUGAAGAGCAGCUUUGAUUUUGCUAACUCUUGGGCAAUGGGUGGUGCUGAGGAACUGUGCAGCAGGGUGUCUGCUCCCAGUAAAACCUGCAACAUGUCCAGUGAAGUAAUAGAAAUGAACUUGAUUGGAAAGUGCAAAAUGCUCAAAACACAACAAGUAUUCAAGAAAUGUAAUGAUCUUGUGGAUCCAGAGCCGUUCAUUGCUAGUUGUGAGGAUGACACAUGCCACUGUGAAGGAAAGAAUUGUCACUGCCAAGCAUUUCUGGAAUAUGCACGGUCUUGUGCUCUAAAGGGUUUAGUUCUCAAAGACUGGACUACAGCAAGUAACUGCAUACCGAAAUGUCCACCUGGAAUGGAAUACAAAACGUGUGUGCCAGCCUGCGCCCAAACAUGCAAGAGUUUAAGCAUCAAUCAGCUGUGCCAUAGCCAAUGCAUGGAUGGCUGCACCUGUGGAGAUGGGAAACUACUGGAUGGGAACACAUGUGUAGCCUCUUCAGAAUGCUCCUGUAUGCACAUGGGAAAACAGUACCCAGCUGGUUCAAGCAUCUCCCAGGGCUGCCAUGAAUGCAUUUGCAGCCACGGAAAAUGGGAAUGUAGCCGCGAGGAUUGUCCAGGGGAAUGUUUUGUCAUUGGGCAAUCACACUUCAAGAGUUUUGAUGAUAAGUACUUCACCUUUGCUGGAAUGUGCCAAUACUUGCUGGCAAAGGACUGUGAGGAAGACACGUUUGCAGUUUUCAUUGAGAAAGUGCAGUGUGCAGAUGAUCCUGACGCUGUUUGUAUAAGAUCAGCCACACUGAGGUUCAAGGAGCUGCAAGGCAUGACCAUUAAACUUAAACAUGGUGGCAGAGUUUCAGUGAAUGGCAUGGACAUACAACCACCUCUAAUCCAAGGUGCUCUUCGUAUUCAGCACACAGUUCGGUCAUCAAUUCGGGUGACAUAUGAUGAAGAUUUCCAGUUUGACUGGGAUGGGUAUGGAAAAGUUAAUCUCAAGCUGAGCGCCGUGUACACAGGAUUAACCUGUGGCCUCUGUGGAAAUUUCAAUGGAAAUCAAGGAGAUGACUUCCUCACACCAUUUGGACUUGUUGAACCUGAGAUGGUCAAUUUUGGGAACUCCUGGAAGAUCAACGGAGGCUGUGCUGACUUGAAACAGAUACAUGCUGACCCAUGCAAGUUAAAUCCCAAGAGAGCGAAGUAUGCUGAGGAGGUGUGCUCUGUUUUUCUGUUAACUGAGUUUGAACCAUGUCACCAUGAAGUAAAUCCUGCUCCAUUCCUCAAGAUCUGUCACUAUGAUGUAUGUGCCUGCAAGGAUGGCAAUGAAUGCCUAUGUUCUGCCAUUGCCAGUUACGCUGCGUUGUGCACCAGGAGAGGUGUCCUAAUUAACUGGAGGUCUCCAGAUUUCUGUGAAUUGACCUGCCCUGAUGGGCAAAUUUAUGAGCAGUGUAGCACACCUUGUAACAAGACCUGCAGAUCGAUCUCCACUCCGGACACAGAAUGCACUGAGUUUUGUCUCGAAGGUUGCUACUGCCCACCCAAUCAGUUUGCCAAUGACGAUGGGCAAUGUGUUCCCAAAUCAGAAUGUUCCUGCUACUUUAACGAUGAAAUCUACAAACCUCACGAGGACAUAGCAUUUGAAAACGUCAUCUGUUACUGUGAAAAUGGUGUGAUGCAUUGCAGUGCAAUCAAUCUGGUUCAUCAUUACCCACCAAGCAUUUUCUUAGACACUGAAGGGAGUAGCAGAGUCAAGCGGGAGACGAGUUGUCAGCCACCAAUGAGAAGAUUUGAUUGUCCAGAAGAUGACCCGACAGCAAAGGGCAUUGAAUGUAUGAAGACAUGUCAGAACUAUGACUUGGAUUGUGUGAGCUCAAAGUGUAUGUCAGGUUGCAUGUGUCCUCCUGGCAAGGUGCAAGUGGGAACCAUGUGUAUUUCUCCAGAAAUGUGUUCAUGUCUACACAACGGAAAAGAAUAUGGUCCUGAAGAAACCAUAAAGCAAGGCUGCAAUACCUGCAAAUGUCUCAAUCGCAAAUGGCAAUGCACGGAAAAUAUCUGUGAUGGCACCUGCCUCGGGAUCGGUGAGGCCCACUACAUCACUUUCGAUGGGCUGAAGUAUACAUUCCCAGGCAAAUGUCAGUACGUCCUGGCUCAGGAUAGUUGUGGUGCAAAUAAAGGAACAUUUCGCAUCUUAGUGGAACACAUUGGCUGUGCAUUGCCAGGAGAAGAAUGUUCAAAAGACAUCACCAUAUUAUACGAUGAAGGAGAGUUGGAACUAUAUGACCAAGAGGUGACAAUCAAAAAACCACUUAAGAAUGGAGAAGACCUGCAGAUAUUUAAUUCUGAUCUUUACUACAUCAUUGUACUGGGUAAAACAAUUUCGAUACUGUGGGAUAAGGGCACUCGAAUCUCAGUUCAAGUUCAGGGCCAGUAUAUGGGUAAACUCUGUGGAUUGUGUGGUAAUUUUGAUGGAAAUAAGAAUAAUGAUCUGCUGGGCAGUGCCAAUCAGCUUGAAAUUGACCCCAUUGAUUUUGGGAAUUCAUGGACAGUGAAACAUUUAUGUGCCGAUGCCAUCCAGCCACCCCCUCCAUGCAAUGGAAACAGUUUGAAGCGAGCGAAUGUUGAAAAUACUUGCGACCUCAUAAAAAGUAGCCUGUUCAGUGAGUGUGCACAGCUGAUUGACCCCCAACCUUUCUGGGAAAUCUGUGUCUUUGAUGCCUGUUCCUGUGAUUCUACAGGAGAAUGUCUUUGUCUUUGCAAUGCUAUAGCAGCCUAUGCACAUGAAUGUGCCCAGCAAGGCAUUCUUGUCCAGUGGAGAGCAGACAAUCUGUGUUCUAUGAGUUGUGAAGAUCUAAAUUCUGGACAAGCAGAGCAGGUGUGUGAGUGGAGAUAUAAUGUGUGUGCAUCUGCCUGUCCUCGGACCUGUCAACAUCCGGAACUGCGAGACUGCCCUGUGGUGUGUGUGGAAGGAUGCCACGCACAUUGUCCCUCAGGAACCGUACUGGAUGAAAAUUCACAGAAAUGUAUCGAUCCUGAAUUGUGCCCAGUUUGUGUCGUUGAUGGACUACGCAUUCCAGAUGGACAGACAAUCGUUCUCCACAAAGGAACAGAACGUUGUCAGAACUGCCUGUGUACUGGAGUAUCCUUGUUUUGUACGGACUGUGUUGAGCCAACACCAGAGCCAAUUCCAACCCCGACAGAGGAAACUGUUGAAAUAGUUGGUGGCUGCCACAGAGUAAUGGAACUGGCAUUCUUGAUUGAUGGCAGUAAAUCAUUCUCAAAGAAAGAGUUUGCCGAUGUGAAGAAGUUUGUGUUGUCCAUGAUGGAGCAGAUGCAGAUUGGUCAAUCCAACAUACGAGUCGCCUUAUUGCAAUUCCACUCAAGCAUCAGCAAAGAAUUUGACCUGUGGGAGAAGAAGAGCGUAAGAGAACUGAAAACAUUGGUGAGGACAAUGAGAUACAUCGGUGGUUCCAAAUCAAACCUGGCUGAAGCCUUGAAGUAUACGUCAGUUCUUGUGUUUGGAAAGGAUUCGAGGAAGGAAGUACCCAGAGUAGCCAUACUUGUGACAGCAAGCCCCUCGUCUACUGUGGUUAAAGGAGCUUUACAAUUAAUUUUCAAGAGAAAAGUCUCUGUGAUUACAGUGGGGAUUGGAGCAAAUAUAAACCUAAAGGAAAUAGGUUUGAUCACUACCAAGUCUCCUGGAGGGAAAUCGUUUAUUCUGAAAAAUGUUGCUGAGCUUAAAGAAUUGAGGGCGGACAUCUUAGAUUAUACGUGCAGUCGUGGAGCCAGGCCAGCAACCCCUGCUCCUGUGGUAACCAUAGCUCCAACAACAGCAUCAUCCACAUCUCCAUCAGUUGCCCAUGCCAUGAUCACCACCCCAGACUCUGGUGAAGAAAAAAUACGUGAUGUUGUCUUCCUUCUGGAAGCUUCGGAUAAGGUGGGAGAAGAUAACUUCAACAGGACCAAAGAAUUUGUUAUUAAAAUGAUUGAACAGUUCAAAGUGUCAGAAGACACCACAAAUGUAUUUGUCGUCCAGUACGCAGAUACUGUGACUGAAGAGUUUCAUUUUACAAAAAUUCAGAGUAACUGGGAAGUGAUUGAAAGAAUAAAACAAAUGCAUUUCCAUGGAGGAGAGCAGACCAACACAGGCAAAGCCCUACAACACCUCAUUGAAUCUACAUUAACCACUCAUAACGGUGCAAGGGAAGAGGCGCCUGACUUGGUGUUUAUGAUAACCAGCAACCCUCCAACAGACAGUAUUACAAAUCCUUUCAACACAGUCAAAGAACAUGGUGUGGAAUUGCUCCCAAUCAUUGUUGGUCCUGACAUUGAUGUGAAUGUAUUCCCACCUCCCAUUGUGAAGGCUACCUAUGACAAUAUUCUUGAAAUAGCUAGCACUGUUUACAAAGAGUGUUGUCAGUCAGAAAGUACUACCCCAGCCACAACCACCGCUAUUGCAGAACAUGUAAUACUGCCGUCAUCAGAUUUUUGUGCUGAGCCAAUGGAUAUUAUCAUCCUUCUUGAUGGCAGUAACAGCGUCGAAAAAACGCAGUUUGAAGAAAUGAAAAGCUUUGUGAAGUCAUUGGUCAGGAAGGUGAAAACAGGGUCAAAUGCGACUCAUAUCUCCAUCCUGCAGUAUGGACGGGUGAACACACUGGAAAUAGGUUUCAACAAAAACCAGGAAAAGGAUAAUCUCUUAGAUCUGAUCAACAACAUCCGACAAAGGGAGCCUGGGCCAAGUCAAAUAGGAAAUGCACUCUCCUUUGCUGUUCAAUAUGGCAUCACUGAGGCAAAUGGAGCAAGAGCUGGGGUUCCAAAGGUUGCUGUGGUAUUAGUUACUGAUACCUCCAUGGAUAAUGUUGAAUUGGCAUCACAGGAAGCAAUCAUAACAGGUGUUACAGUGAUCCCAAUAGGAAUGGGGAAAAGAUAUGAUAAGCAACAACUUUUAACAUUGGCUGGGCCCAACCCUAAAAAUGUGAUUCAGCUGCAGAAUAUGGACACCUUGCCCAUGAUGGUGGAACUUAGUAAUGAAUUUGUAGAAAAAGUCUGCACAGCAACUUCUCCUCAGGAAUGCAUAGAUGACCAAGGAAAUCGGCGACAGGCUGGGGAGAAGUGGAUGUUACCUGACAAAUGUCACAGCUUUAUAUGCAAAAUGAAUGGAGAAGUUGUUUCUAUAAAUCAUAAAGUAAGUUGUGAGAAUCUGCAUAAACCGACCUGCAGUAACCAUCUGCCCAGCAUCAAAAUUGAGGAAACGUGUGGCUGUAGAUGGCUAUGCCCCUGUGUUUGCACAGUAACGGCACAGACGGAGAUUACUAGUUUUGAUGGGGUCGAGUUCUCAUUAACUGGAAGGUGCUCAUAUGUAUUGCUACAAAUUGAAGAUCAAGAUACAAAAAUAAUUAUGCAUAAGGGUCCGUGCCACAUGGUUUCCAGAGGAAAUUGCAUCAAGGCAAUUGAAAUCAGGCAGUAUGGGAGUUCAGUUUUGUUGCAUGAAAAUAUGACAGUUACAAUCAAUGGAAAACCUGCCUAUCCUCCAUUAACUAUUGGAAAUAUGGAUAUUACUGACCAUGGGUCCAGUAAUUUUGUAGCAAAUAUUCCUAGUCUGGGAUUAGUUCUAAUCUUCAGUCCGCUGAGCAACCUUUUCGGGCUUUGGGUUUCUCCUACAUUGUUCUUUGCUCGAGUAUCUGGACUUUGUGGAACAUGUGACAAUAAUCAGUUAAAUGACUUUGAACUUCGAGUUGGAUCUAUUGCUGAAAGCGGCCUCUCAUUUAUAAAUGAGUGGAUUCUGAAGGAACAAUCAUUGCAGCAUUGUACUGAAGAAGAGCCGGUGGUCCAUGAAUGUGUGUCGACAGGAGAUGAGUGUAACAUUCUCCUCUCCUCCGUAUUUGAGCCAUGCCACAACGUCGUUGAGCCACAGCCAUACCUCAGACUCUGCCAGAAAAAGGCUUGUGAUGGCAGUGAAGUGUGCAGUUCCAUUUCUGCAUAUAGCUUCAGGUGCAAACUUCAGGACAUCUGUGUCAGAUGGAGGUCGGAGAGUUUUUGCCCCAUCUACUGCCCCGACUCCUUUGUGUAUGAGCCUUGCGGGGUAAACUGCAUCCAGCACUGCGAAAACAUUGCACACGCGAAUGCUACAAGUUGCCUGGGUUCUCCAAAUGAAGGCUGCUUCUGUCCAGGAGGCAAACUGCUAUUGGAAGGGAAAUGUGUCACUGACAAUGUCUGCACUCAGUGCACGGAUGAGCAGCAAGUUCAUCAUCAGUAUUUGGAUACAUGGAUACCACAACAUGAUCCAUGCCAGCUCUGCAUGUGCUUAGAAAACAGACAGAUCAACUGCACAAGCCGACCCUGCCCAUCUAUCACAGUACCCACGUGUGCCCCCUGUGAGAGUCCAGUGUUAAGACGGGUCACGGAUGAAUGUUGCCCACAGUAUGAAUGCCUUUGUGAUUUUCAAUCCUGUGAUUUACAACCUAUUCCGAACUGUGAAGAUGGAAGCUCACUUUCGCUGAAAAAUCCAGGCGAAUGCAGGGCAAUUUAUGAAUGUGUCUGCAAAAGGGACACGUGUCAGAGCCAACCUAUAAAAUGUCCAUCACAUCGUGAAUUGAGAAGAGUAGCAACAAAAUGUUGUGACAGAUACGAAUGCGUUUGCAGUUGUAGUAAUCAAAUUGUGAGCUGCCCUGUUGGAUAUUCGGUCAAGUCAGUGAUCAACGAUUGCAACUGCACUACAUCCUACUGUGAACCUAAUGAGGUUUGUGUUCAUAAUGAUGUGGCCUACCUGGUUGGGAGAACUUGGGAGGAAUCUUGUAAGGAAUGUUCCUGUACCAGCACAAAGGACGUCGUCACAGGGCUUCAUGAGGUGCAGUGUGUUGCUAAAACCUGUAACACAAAUUGUCCAAUUGGCUACAUCUACAGAGAAGAGGAGGGUGCUUGCUGUGGAAAAUGCAAGCAUGCAGUGUGUGAAGAAAGUAUCUUACCAAGAGGUGAUGCAGAUCCUAUCAAAAUAGUGCAUCGGGCUGGUGAUCAGUGGGUAUCCUCUAAAAAUCCAUGCAUUAUGAAUGAGUGCCUGGAAGUCAACGGGGAAGCGGUGCUGCAUGAAAAGAAUCGGUCCUGCUCCCAUAUUGAUGUGCCUAAGUGUCCUCUGGGUUAUGAGCUGCAGUGUGACCAAUUCAUAGACUGCUGUCCUGUAUGCCAAUGUGUUCCAGGAAGUGUUUGCUUGCUAAAUGGAUCCACCAUUGCGGUGGGAGAAUCUGUGAAGGUCAAUGACUGCACGUUGUGUAGCUGCUCAGAGAAAUUGAACAAAUAUACGCUCCAGUGUAGAACUACACGUUGUGCAAGUUGCCCUGAUGGUUACAUAAUGAGAAAAGAAAAUGGUUCUUGCUGUGGGACAUGUGUGGCCACCGUGUGCAUUAUUAGUCUAAGAAAUGGGACAUUGGUUAAGUUAAAGUCAGAUGAAAGCUUCCAAGAUAACUGUGACUCGUACAGAUGCAAAGUGAAUGAAAGAGGAGAAUUUAUGACAGAAAAGCGAACAACGCUCUGCAUGCCUUUUGACGAGCAAGGAUGCAAAUCAGAAGGGGGUGAGAUAGUACGUGUGGACAGUUCCUGCUGCUUCACCUGCAAAUACAAGUCAGAACAGUGCAAAAAAAUAAAUCGUUUGAUUAAAAGGAUUAUCAAGGAUAACUGUGCAACUGAAGGCGAUGUCAACAUCCAUCAUUGUGAGGGGCACUGUCUGAGUAAAUAUGGCUACUCCUUGCAGAAGAAUGAGAUUGAAAGCGAAUGCACCUGCUGCUCAGCAAAAGCAUCUGCACCCAUCCUGGUGCCUCUGAGAUGUCUGAACGGAACUGUGAUUCAACACACAGUAAUGGAUGUGCAGGAAUGUGGAUGUGUUGCUCAUAACUGUACAUAAAUGAACUGAAACAGGUUGAAGGCAUUGCCGGACCUUUUGACCAAGAAAUUCUAAUAUUUCAAGUUCAGAAUUUAAUUCCCAGUUUCUUGUUGCUUUACAAGUGAUAAUAUCCAACCUAAUGUCUCUUGCUCAGAAAACAUUCAUUGUAAAUUUCACUUUUUGCAAAUUCUUGCUUUGUUGCUGAAGUAACAGUUAUGAAUUAAUGUCCUAUUCACCAUAUAAACUAUGUUGGUUUCAAAUUUACACAAAUGAAUGCAAAUAAAACUCAUCUGUAGAGUUGAAACCCAAAUAGUGAUCAGUGGAUCUUUAUUUUGGUGUUAAGGAAGCUUUAAGAUCAUUUCAA